AUGCGUAGGUACGGAGAUAUUCCUUUACCGGUAGUAUUUGACAAGACCUUAACGGCAUUUAAGAACUGUCCAACAAGAGAUUUGGCUGCUGAGAUCUAUCAAUAUGCUGUGUAUAUUUGUGAAAUGUCUGAUGCCAUAGAUGGAGAUAUACCCUCCAAGGAUUGGAUCAAACAAAAAUUAAAAGGUUAUCUGGAUGAAACAAUAGAAGAAUGUAAGUAUAUGAGGAACAAAUGUCGUCCCUUUGAUCAAUGGCAAAAAGUUUUUGACAUUAAAAGAAAAUUCGAUAUGCGAUUGGCAUUAUUAACUGGCACAAUUGGAUACAUCGAAGAUGGGGACGAAUAUAUAUCUUCAAAAGAACGUGGCCUUGAUAUGGUUAGUUCAUAUAAAUAUACCAUCAUUGAAAUGAUUAAUCAUGAGGUGAAAUCGUUAAGAGACUUUUUUCAAGAUGCCUACAGAAAUUAUGUUAUACACGAUGUUAAAAAUGCCUAUAAUGAUGCAGUAGAAAUUUAUAAUACAAUUGAAACUUUUGAAAGAAUCCGCUCAAAUAGAAGAGAAGAACCUUAUUAUGAUUUAUCGGAAUAUGAAGGCGGGUUUGGACUAUCUAUUGUCACGAAUGGUAUCAGCGGUUCUUUAACGAAGCCACUCCCUAUUGGUGAAAUUUUACAAAUUUUUGAAAGAGCAGUGAGAUUGGAAUUACAAUUUUCUUUAAAAGGUAGUGCAUUAGUAAAACAUCAAGCCUUAACCAGAUUUAUUAAGAAUUCUGAAUUGCUCCUUAAAAGUUUGUCCGGGGUGCAGUUAACUGCAGAUACUAUUUGCAGUUUAAUAGAAGCUUCUUAUAAUGCUGAAUCACCGGAUUCGUUCAAAGAGGCUUUUAUAAAUGAGCGGAAAUCGUCAUUUGUAGAUGAUUUCAACGAUAUAAUUAUUAAAAACAUUAACUUAACGGAGCCCAAUCAAACUAAAAAAUCUCAUCGGUUUCCCUUUUCCGAAGGUACUCAACAAUACAAGGAUAGACUUUUACUUAAUUUAAGAACUGCAUUUAAAGACUCUGUGUCUGAUAUCCCUUCGUUUAACAAAAAAUUAAUCAAAUAUUGUAAUUUGAAAAUUAAAAGUAAUUACGACGAAAUUCGAAUAUAUGCGGAGAAAGAAGGGGUGCUAUCCAACUCUGACCGAAAAUGGGUCAACUGGAUGAGGCUGUUUUUCCAAUAUUAUGUACCCACUAAUACCAAUUUUAUUAAUCAAUAUUACUUGCCGAGUACAUUAAAGAGAAUACUAAUGCUUAAUAUGGAAUAUACAACUUUUUUCAAAAACAAACGUAGUAUUGAAGCUGCAUUAAACAAAGAAUUCACAAAGUAUUUGCCAAUUGAAUAUACACCAGUUAAUGAACUUAUCCAACAGGCGCUUCAUAUGAAACCAGAGUUAAUAAAUAAUGAUGAAACUUCAUUGUUUUUACUUCAUCUAAAAUCAGAAGGAUUUGGAUAUGGUUUACCAGAUCAUUCCAAAGAUACUGUCCAACCAUUAUGGUUACAUAAAUCAUUCACUGAUACUUGGCAGCAGAAAAGAGAUGAAUAUAAAAAACAGGGGAAAACAUUACAUAAUAGUUUUGGGAUGCAUGUCAUGGAAAUGUCCUCUAACAUCACAUUAACAGAUAACCGAUGUUUAACUUUAGUCGUUAAUCCUAACAUAGCGGCAAUUUUAUACCAAUUUAAUGAUGCUGAUACUAUACCAGUUUCUGUACUAAAGGAGAAAUUAAUGGUGGAAAGGAACCAAGAAUUACAAUUCAAUGCCAGCUUAAAGAAAUUACUUAGACAUGGAAUACUGUUGUUAAAUAAUAAGCAACUUACUUUUAAUGAUGAUUUCAAACCUAAUCCGCAUGAAAACGAAACAGGAGUUUUAAAGCUUAUGUAG